ACGUCACCAUGCGUCGAACGUCCGAGACACUUGCCAAUUGUGGGGUGUCUAACAAUGUAUACAAUGCUGGAAGCAUCGUGUGGGACCCGCAUAAGAUAUGUGCAUGACACUCUUGACAGUAUUAUCUAUCCCUGUAUAUUAUUUUAUGCUUUGUGUUAUGGUUGUGGUCUUGGCGCUUGUAGGUUAGGAAUGUAGCAAUUUUUGAUAAAAUUUGUUUAAGAAAGAACUUAUAUCCAGAAUUAAAUUAUUGAAUAUAACGAUAAUAAUAAAUAUUGCGCACCAUGGCGAAUGGUCCUAUAGCAGAAAGAAAUCGAGAUGCCACAAUCUACGUAGGAGGUUUGGACGACAAGGUUUCAGAGUCUCUUUUAUGGGAACUCUUUGUACAAGCUGGCCCCCUUGUUAAUGUCCACAUGCCAAAAGACAGAGUCACAAUGAUGCACCAGGGCUAUGGUUUUGUGGAAUUUAUGGGGGAAGAAGAUGCAGAUUAUGCUAUAAAAAUAAUGAAUAUGAUUAAGUUGUAUGGGAAGCCCAUCAGAGUAAACAAGGCAUCAGCACAUCAGAAAAAUCUGGAUGUUGGAGCCAACAUUUUCAUUGGUAAUCUGGAUCCUGAGGUAGAUGAAAAGCUGCUGUAUGACACAUUUUCAGCAUUUGGGGUUAUUUUACAAACACCAAAGAUUAUGCGAGAUCCAGAGACUGGCAACUCUAAAGGAUUUGCAUUCAUCAACUUCGCAAGUUUUGAGGCCUCAGAUGCCUCAAUUGAAGCUAUGAAUGGACAGUAUCUAUGCAACAGGCCUAUUUCUGUUUCCUAUGCUUUCAAAAAAGACUCAAAAGGUGAAAGACAUGGAUCAGCAGCAGAGAGGCUGCUAGCAGCUCAGAACCCAUUGUCUCAAGCAGACAGACCUCAUCAGCUGUUUGCAGAUGCUCCACCAGUAGGAAUGAUGCCGGUUUUGGCACCACCACCACCUCCUGUUGUCAUGCCUUCUACAGGAAUGAUGCCACCUGGCUUAGCAGCGAUGCGCGGUGCACCACCUCCACCUCCUCCUCCAGUACCCCCUCCGGCUUCCUUUCCCUCUGGCAUUCCCCCACCACCUUUGCCUCCCGUGCAACCCCCACUACCACCGGGCGCUCCCCCACCACCACCUGCUACCAGUCAAGGACAAGUUCAACAGUUGCCGCCACCUCCAUUACCAUCCGGGGUUGGGUCAGGUCCUCGUGGCAUGAUGCCGCCGCCGCCCCCAUGGGCUCCAUCAUCAACCGCUCCCGGUCCGCCACCCCCACCCUCCGGUUUCGGCGGGAUGUUUCCCCCGCCACCACCAGGAGGUCGACCGCCGCCGCCAAAUUGGAGGCCCCCUCCUCUAGCCCACUUUCAAGGGGGCAGGCCGCCGUUUCCUCCCAGAGCACCGCCACCACCGCCCCCUAUUUCAGGGGGACAGUGAGAAGGAACUUCAAGAGCGUGGCAAGAUGGUUCAUUGUGAAAUGCGUGUUUGUUAGCAUAUUUUUGACAGUAACUUGAUCGCGAUCAUCAGAACCAUUGGUCAUCUUUAUAAGUGGCCUAGUGGUUAUAUGCUGCAUAGUCUCGCAUGGCACAUGGUGUAAACGGUCUCAGAACAGCAUUUACUCACUGAACGUUGGUGCUCUGUGGCUGAGUACUUUCUUACCUAAGGUGUAAACAUUUGCAUGUUUACGGGGUGAUGUGCUAGCGACAGAACAUCAGGCAGUUGAGUUGUUCUAUACAUUUGAGUCCUUACCAAGAGAUGGCGCACCACCAGCACAAAUAUGCCGUGCGUUGUGAGGCAUACUAGCGUUUAGCAUAGAGUCAGUAACUACGCUUACGCCACAGAACACUUAACACUGAAGAAAUGGAACCUACACCUUAAGCGAUGGCAACACUGUCGACCUUUGUUAGACGGUGGCGCCAUCAAUUUGCUUGGAGACUUGGAGUUACUAUCCAAGGAAUGCCAAUAAUGCGCCAGGAAUAAGGAAUGCCAAGAAUGUGCCGUGGAUUUCGUUUGUUCAUAAUUUGAGAUCUGCCGGAAAUAUUUCCUGAGGGAUUAUUUUAUGAAUGUAGAUUCAUACGAUAUACCCAAUAAGGGUAAUAUAUCUUUCGACAGUUUUGCUAAAACAGUUUCAUGAUAUCAUUAUGCACAAAAUACAUUUAUCUUCAACACAUAAUCACAAUCUUUAAGACUUUUUUUGACAAUAGUACAAAAAUUGUAUUAAAUGAAAAUAUAGAUAAAUGUAUUCCAAAUACAUGUUAUGUUAUUUAACACUAUUUGCAAAACACGUCUCGCAUCAUUUAAUUAAAAUUGCGCGUUUUUGAUUGGUAGAAAUUAAGACAAGGGAAAUAGUCUAUGUAAUUUUAAAAAGUCUACCAACUAUAUGUGUUAAGUUCAUAGCCUACCUUUAGCACUUUAGAGUAUCCUUGACUUCUACAUAUGCCACAAUACAUUUCAUCUAUACCAUCACAGCUACUGAUGGUGUUGUUUCAUAAUUUACUUACACUCAUUUUUAAAGAAUUAUCUCCGGAAGCGGGGGUGACUCUGGAUGUUAACCAAAACAAACGCCACAUUCGAUAUUUGUUUACCCCUUUCUUGGGCAAGAACAUGGUAAAUGCACAGAACAACUUGAUUGCCUGGUGAACAGUGACUAAUGCAACAUGUUGGAAACAUGGCUAUACUUCAUAACAAGAUUAAGUUAUGCAUCAGGAUUGUAGACUGUUUGAAUUUUUGACAGUGACUAAUGCAACAUGUUGGAAACAUGGCUAUACUUCAUAACAAGAUCAAGUUAUGCAUCAGGAUUGUAGACUGUUUGAAUUUUUAUUUAAGCACAUGACCUCAAAUAAAGGCUGGCUCAGUGUCGGAAUUUGAUAAAAUAAGCCAUAUAUGUAUGGGUAUUACAAGUGAAAAACAAUUUCCUGAAUAUUUCCCACACAGCUUGUUACAUUCCACUUAUCAACCUUUUUUCAAUAAUAUAAUUUGAAUGUUUUUACGUCUCGACAAAACACAAACUUAAAGAAAUACCUUCCAAUGAUAGGGGAGGGCUUUUAAACGAGAAUCAAAUAAAUGUCAACGGCUAAACGUUUUAUUAAUGGAUAUUAAAAAAAAUGUAUUAGUAAUUGAAGAGUAUAUGCCAAUGUUUAUACCAUUUCAGCCACAUAUAAAUAUGACUGUAACUCGAAACAAGUUCUGUGCUGACACGUGUAUUUCAUAAGGCCACCAAAAACAUUUUUUUAUAAAAUAAGGUGAAGCGAGGGCAAAGUAAAAGGAUUUAAUUUUUGAGAAUAAAACAAUUUGUAUAUUUA